UUUGUUGAAAUGCUUUUGAGGAGCAGCUUGCUGUUUUAAGGCUUCCGUUGCCCCUCUGAGCUCAAAUAUUACCAUCUAAAUAAUGUCGUUUUUACAUCAACUUUAGUAUACCAGAUACACUUGUAACGAGCUGUCCUUUCUAUAACAGCUCUUUUUCUAACAGUUAUAAGUUACAGUAUUAAUUAACUCAUUGCAUAUUCUUUCUCUACCACAUCUAUAUGCGGCUCUUACCACACAAUGCGUGUUAUUUAACCUGGCGAUGUGUUAGUCCUUCGUCGUCGGAAGAGGAAGGCGACGUCUUCCACCACCACCACCACGAGUAUGACAAUGAACUAGUGGUUGCUAUGCUACGACGGUGGUAGUUCACAAUGAAAAAUAUACAGUUGAAUAAUCAGACAAUUAGCCACAAUAAAGCAACCAAACAUGCUACUGGCUCCGUUUCUUUCUUUUUUUACAGCUAAAGUACUUCUUUAUUGAUUAUAAACGAUAGGUGCAUCUUCGAUUAAGAGAGGUACAAUGCAAGAAGGGGGAGAUUCAAACCAAGAACAGCUCGCCGGCGCGGCCGAGCGACCUCAUUGGCUCAUUCCCCUAUACCCACUUUUUUUUUUAGAGGAACACCCCUAUACCCACUCUAGCCCACCUCUCCUCCCAAAGGCGGAGCUGGGCCCUAGGCAACUAGGCCCAUGGCCCGGGUCCUAGCUAGGACGCAGCCCACCACCAAUUAGCCUACUGUGGGCCUCCUUAGCCCAGCGCACCAAACGGAAAACCGCACGCACGCACACAGCAAUCGGGACUCUCGGGCGGGCUGGGGAGAAAUCGGGCGCGACCGGGCGAGAGAGAGCCGCCGCCAGCCACCGCAGCUGCCCCCCUUCGGCGUUCUUCCCGCCUGCUCCCGCCUCCGCUAAGCCCACUCGGCUCCGCCUCAGCCUGCCCCAACGCCUCCCCCCGGCCCCUCCCCUCCCCUCCCCGCCCUCUCCCUCCAUUAGUCUAACACCAAAGCCCCGAGCAGCAGCAGCCAAGGCCCGAACCGCUCCUGCUGCCCGUCGCCAGCGGGGAAAUAAUCGGUGAGCUAGCUCUCCGCGUCUGCCCUGGCGAGCUUCAGGGCCCGGGAGUCUGCAGAAGCAUCCGCGAUGCCGUCCUUCUCUUCGGGCGCUUCUCCGCAGAAGCAGCAGCAUAACGCGCGGAGGAAGCAGCUGAUUCGUCAGCAGAGGAAAUCGCUUCCCAUCGCGUCAGUGAAGAAAAGGCUUGUCGAGGAGGUCAAGAAGAAUGACACUCUGAUCGUCGUCGGUGAGACCGGGAGUGGCAAAACGACUCAGUUGCCACAAUUUUUGUAUGAUGCUGGGUUUUGUCAGGAUGGAAAAGUCAUUGGGAUCACUCAGCCUCGAAGAGUUGCAGCCGUUACAGUAGCAAAACGUGUUGCUGAGGAAUGCAAUGAUCAAUUGGGCAAAAAAGUCGGAUACUCUAUUCGAUUUGAUGAUUCCACAUCUAAUGCAACAAGGAUUAAGUACAUGACCGACGGUUUGCUUCUAAGGGAAGCACUUCUUGAUCCUUUAUUGUCUAAGUAUAGUGUUAUAGUUGUUGACGAAGCCCACGAAAGAACAGUCCAUACAGAUGUCUUGCUGGGUUUGUUGAAAAAAGUCCAACGUUCCAGAUCUAUCUGUGCCGAUAAAAACGGAAAGACUUCGUCUGACAGACAAGAUCACUCUCAAAGUUCUACUCUAAAGGCAUGCCAGGGAAUAAAAUAUGCACCUCUAAAGCUUAUAAUUAUGUCUGCCAGUUUGGACGCCAAGUGUUUUUCUGACUAUUUUGGUGGCGCUAAAGCUGUACAUAUCCAAGGACGGCAAUACCCUGUUGAUACACUGUAUACUUAUCAGCCCGAGUCGGAUUAUCUAGAUGCUACACUAGUUACAAUAUUUCAGAUCCAUUUGGAGGAAGGACCUGGAGACAUUCUUGCAUUUUUAACUGGCCAAGAGGAGAUUGAAUCACUAGAGAGACUUAUUCAGGAGCGUGCUCGUCAACUUCCACCUGAUAGUACCAAGAUAUGGACUACACCUAUCUACUCAUCUCUUCCAUCAGAGCAGCAAAUGAAUGCUUUUAAACCAGCACAAGCUGGAGCCCGCAAGGUAGUUCUAGCAACAAAUAUUGCAGAGACUUCUGUAACAAUACCUGGUAUUAAAUAUGUUAUUGAUCCUGGGAUGGUCAAAGCACGCGCCUACAAUCCUGUUACUGGAAUGGAGUCCCUUAUCAUCAUCCCAGUCUCUAAAGCACAGGCUCUUCAAAGGAGUGGCCGUGCUGGACGGGAGGGGCCAGGGAAGUGCUUCCGAUUAUUCCAAGAAUGUGAGUUUGAUAAACUGGCGGAAUCUACAGUUCCUGAGAUUAAGCGAUGUAACCUCUCGAAUGUUGUACUACAGCUCAAAGCUCUUGGAAUUGAUGACAUCAUAGGUUUUGAUUUCAUGGAGAAACCAUCCAGGACAUCCAUUUUGAAAUCAUUGGAGCAGUUGAUUUUACUAGGAGCUUUGACUGAUGAUUAUAAGCUCUCAGAUCCAGUUGGUAAACAGAUGGCUAGGCUGCCUUUGGAUCCAAUGUACUCCAAGGCAUUGAUAGUAUCAAACGAAUUCAAGUGCUUGGAAGAAAUGUUGAUAGUUGUUUCUAUGCUUUCAGUGGAAUCAAUUUUCUUCACCCCACGCGAGAAGUUAGAAGAGGCAAGAGCUGCUAGGAAGAGUUUUGAAAGCUCUGAAGGAGACCAUAUAACUUUGGUGAAUGUAUAUCGAGCUGCUUUGGAAUGCUUGGAAAAGAGCAAAAGUGCAAAUGCCAAAGAAAAGACAAUGGAGAAGGCUCUGAACAGAUGGUGCUGGGAAAACUUCAUCAAUUACCGCUCUUUAAGACAUGCUCGUGAUGUUCACAGUCAAAUUCAGGGCCACGUCCAACAGAUGGGGCUUUACGUGUCAUCUUGUGGAGAUGACAUGGUUCAGUUUCGGAGAUGCCUCACUGCUGCUUUCUUCUUGAAUGCAGCAAUGCGACAGCCAGACGGAUCAUUCAGGGCUCUUGCAACCGGUCAGAGCGUGCAGAUGCAUCCUUCGUCGGUGCUCUUCCGGACCAAGCCGGACUGCGUCAUCUUCAACGAGCUGGUCCGGACAACCCAGAACUACGUCAAGAACCUGAGCCGGAUUGAUCCCCUGUGGCUUGCUGAACUCGCCCCGCAGUACUACGCCACUGAGGACUGACUUCUUUUUUCUGAUCCAUAGCCAUGGUUUAUUGUAACAAUCAUGUAACAGAUGGGGCUCUGUUAUGUUGACAUGCAGAGCCAUGAAGGGCUGCUGUGUUGUUAAUCUAGAAAUGUAAUGUUUAUCUGAAACAACCAUAAGUAGCGAGUACCAAAAGUGUUACAUUGAAUGUACUCCCGUGGAUUUGUAUAGAAUCUUAUAUAAAUUCACGUCACUUAUUUUGGGACGGAGGGAGCAGAAGAUACUAUAA